AUGUCAAAUCGAGCGUGGGUCACGUUGGCUACCAACGAUUCGUACGGCCUAGGAGCCCUGGUGCUGGCGCACUCGCUGCGCCGCGCCGGCACCGCCUUCCCAGCAGUGGUGCUCAUCACGCCGUCGGUGACAGAGGCAAUGAGGGAACGUCUUGGCGCGGUGUUCGCGGACGUGAGCUGGGACAUCACCUUCACGAAGAUCCACUGUUGGAACCUCACCCAGUACGAGAAGUGCGUCUUCCUCGACGCGGACACUUUGGUGGUGCAGAACUGCGACGAGCUGUUCGAGCGCGAGGAGCUCUCCGCCGCGCCCGACGUCGGCUGGCCCGACUGCUUCAACUCGGGCGUGUUCGUGUAUCGGCCCUCCGCGGAGACCUUCGCCGCCCUCAUACAGUUCGCGCAGCAGCGCGGCAGCUUCGACGGCGGUGACCAGGGUCUUCUCAACUCCUACUUCUCCGACUGGGCGCGUGGCGACAUCAACAAACACCUGCCCUUCCUAUACAACGUCACGUCAGCAGCCUUUUAUUCGUAUUUGCCCGCGCUCAAACACUACGGGCAGGACCUGAAAAUCAUCCAUUUCAUCGGCGCGGCCAAGCCGUGGCUGCAGCAGUUCGACUGGCGCACGCGGCAGGUGCAGGGGCCCGAGCACCUGCGCGGGCUGCUGCAGCUCUGGUGGGACCUGUUCGUUGGCCAGGUCCACGCACAACUGGACUCCUCCAUGGUUGAGGUUGAAGACGCCACCACGACGUUUGAGCCCCCACAAGAGUCGUACUACCCCUCUGAGUCCAGAACGGACUAUAACUACUAUAAGCCGGAUCUCGACCACUAUAAACCGGUCCUAGACCCGGAUUCAGAAUUCCACUGGCACCGUCCGGAUACUCAAAUAUCGCACGCGGAGAAAACUGCACCCGAAAUAAACUUAGGCCAGUUUCACGAUCCCUGGGAUAUAUACAAGGGCCACAUUCCCCCAAUGGCUGACGAGUCGAAAAGCACCGGUUCGCACACGCAUACCGCUGAGGAACAGCAAGAGAUCAGGCGGCAUGUCUGGGAAGUGCCGCAACAUUUCCAACAUAUUGAAUCACAAGACAACACGAACCGUUUUGAAAUACAACACGUAGAUACACAUCACGAUAGAGAAAAACGCUUCGAACACCACACGCAUUCCUGGACGCAGCCAGAUGCGACACAAUUUCAUCAGAGCGACCACUAUAAUCUAAACCAGGAGAAUCAUGAAAUAUCUUACAGAGAGCAUUACGAUUAUAAUAAGGAAACACAAUCAACGUACAGUCUCAAUGAACAUAGUUUUACCCACUCGAUCGACCAAAGAACUCAAAGCUCAUCGACAAACCAUCAAGAAUACGAUAAUAUUUCUCAACAUUCCCACGGAUCCCAUUCACAAUACAUUCACCGCAAAUCUCCACAAUUUCACGAACGCUACUCGCCACCUUUAGACUGCCAGCAAGAUAGUACACAGUCUAAAGUUUUUCACGAAACGUCAAAUCUUAACGAAGUGCACCACAACAACCACUCAAAUGACUACAACCCGCCAUAUUCCACACCGGAGGCUCAUGGAACACUAAACUCUCACUCGCAAAGCAAUCACGACCCAUUCACAACUUACACCAAGAAGGACGUAGAGCUGUUUACGCAUUCCUCAAGGAACCGAGUGGAGUACGUGUAUUGCGUGCACUUGGACCACGAGAGGGGGCGGUACCGUGAAAAGAGGAACCUGAACGCUUUGCUGCCAACCGAGGGAAAGACCAAUGGCCUCGAUGAGUGGGAGAUGAACGGACACGACGAUUUCGUGAUCCCGCGCCAUCCGUACGAUGGGUUCUACCUGAGGCACAGGAUGACCAUAGACGCCCGCGGCCGCAAGAUUUGCACGCACGAGAUCCCACCGACGCCGUCGCCUUCCGUUUCGCCACCGGAGAGUCCGAUCUUCUUCGACGCCGUUUCGCCGGAGGACGCGUGCUCGGAGCACGACCAUUCCAGUCACACUGGUGUUGCGGGUAAUUUAGCUCGGGUGACGCCUGACGCGACCGGAGCUCAAUCUGAGGCUAUCGAUGAGCUUACUCGUCGACAAGGCUGGGAGGCGGGCAACAUUGAUUACAUGGGUGCUGAUUCCUUCGCCAAUAUUUGGGCUAAGAUCUCACAAACGCUCAGUCAACCACCAGCCUCGCCACAGAACCCGCCUACUCCGCCGCCUGAAGAAUCUGAGCCUGCUCAACAGUUAGAAGAACCCCAAACGACGGCUGUUGAGGCUGAACAGUCUGCAGUUGCUCCAAUAAGCAAGGAGGAAGCUCUUGCCGAAACCGCUACACCAACCGAACUACUUUUAGAAGAAACCUCCGUCAAAUCUGAUGUUCCGUCGGAAAGUGCGCCGGCUGUAGAAGUUGCUUCGCCAAUAGAAACUAUUCCAGCAGUAGUUGCACCCAACUCUCAAGUCGCACCAGUGGAAUCGACUACUGAAGCUCCGAAAGAGGCAAUUCCAAUUGAAACUUCGAUUUCUCCGCCAGUUUCUUCUGAAGAAGCCUCAGUGCCCGUGGAGACUGCAGACAUUCCAACUGAAUCAUCUGUACCUGUUGAAAUACCAGUUCCAGUAGUUGAAGCUGUGCUAGCAGAAGCUACUGAACCGACUAUUGCCGCUGCUCCCAUAGAGUCGGCAGAAAUACCAGCACCUGUUUUAGAAGCUUCCGCUGCCGUCGAAAGUACUAAAGUAGUUGGGUCCGCUUCGGUGACUCCGGUGGAUGGAAAAACUGAGGGCGUAACAAAACCAGCAGAUACAGAAGCAACUAAAGAAGAGCCUCCUAAACCAGAGAUUGUUGCAGCCGUUGAGUCGCCACCUGGCGAUGCAGUACAAGUGUCCGCGAAAUCCGAGGAGAAACCGGCAAAACCGGAAGAAAGCCGGCUGCUAAAUCUACCGAGGAGGCAGCGCAAGAGACGCGGCUUUGAUAGAACAGCGGAGGAGCGGCGCAGGCCCGUGGGGAAGCUGCAGCUCAGCCCCCCGCUGGCCGCCGACCCACUCCCCACCCCCGAUAGCGAGCUAGAGGACGCGGCCAGCUUAGCGCAGUCGAUUAUAGCGAGCGAGCUGCGCACGCCGACGGUCACAUCGCCAACGCCCCCCCACCCCGCCUCGCCGGCGCAGCCCCAGCAAGAGAAGCGGCUCUCGGUCGAACCGCCGCAGCUGCCGACGCCACCCGUCUCCCUCACUCAGAUCGGGGUGAAACCGUCCAAAGGGAAGGCGACCAUCGCCGCCCAGAUAGAGUCCUCCGUGACGGAGAAGCCGGAGCCCGCGCCGCCCGCCGAGCCGAAGACGGACGCGCCCAAGAAGAGAGUGGUGAAAAAGGUGGUCAAGAAGGAGGCGGCGAGCGGCGAGGCGCCCGUGCCACCGCCACGCAAGAAGGAAAAGAAGCCCAAAGAGAAG